GAAAAGUGCACAAAGUGUGACCGGAAAUGUUAGUACCGUCCUAGCAACAUUACCGUUUUUUGUCCAGUGAAGUGUUUUGCUGUGAUGUGCGUGUAAGUCCUCAGGUGACAACUGAAUGAAGACGGUAUUUAAUUGUUGUGUGCGAGAACUGCGGCGCUGAUGUACUCACGGGUCGGUAAAUAAGUAAUGUUUACGAGGCCAAAGUGCAGCCUUCGCCCUCUGUUUUGUAAAUAAGUGGCUGGUAGUGUACCAGCAACGAUUGUUCGAUGUAGAGCGUAAAUUUGCAGUUUUGUGACCGAGCCGACAGAGUUGGUGCGUUUCGCAAAUCCAUCGCGACCGUGACUUGGACGCACCCGUUUCGAAUAUUAAAGACGCGAACGGUGAAGAAAUCGCUUCGUCGAGUCUAGACAAAAAGUACUAGCAAUCGGUGACUGACUCUCGGACGACGGGGCCAACCUAGGGUUACUAAGGAAGAAAGUAAUUCAUACCCAAUCGUUGAUGUUGUAACUCAACCAUCUGGGUGCGUGAGCAAGGAAGACGGCAAGCGACGAGAGUGACAGGGCGAACGGGAGAGAACGUUACAGCAUAUUGCGUAUAGUUUAUUUGUUGAAAGAAAGCGGAACAAAGCGGAAGGGCAGUGAGACAAGAUAGAAAUGCCAAUGAAUCGGCACUGUGGUAGAAAAUGAAAGCCAGCGUGGGCAAAAUUGGUGCUACGCAUAGUGUGGACUAUUGUUUUGUUGGUCGUAUUGUUGUUUAUUACGGAACACGUGCGUUCCUCGGCUCCUCGGCUCCUCGGUUUUCUUGAUCGGAUCGGCUUCUUUUCUAUGAACAGUUUCGUAAAUCUCCAAGGAUCGGAGAUUAUUCGAUUUACGUAAUUCUUCGUGCGCCUUCGUCGGAAACAUUCGAAACCAAACGGGCCUUGUCCGAUACGGAGCCAGUCGAACCUGUGAUCCUACUCUUCCUACGUAACUGCCACCAACAAACAGGCCGGUCGAAAUGUCGAUCGAAGAACGGUUUAACGCUGCCGUCAACGUUAUCCGUGGCCUGCCAAAAAAUGGACCGUAUCAACCAAGCAAUGAUAUGCUGCUACGAUUCUAUUCCUAUUUUAAGCAGGCCACGAAAGGAAAAUGCUGCGAACGUAAACCAGCUUUCUGGGAUGUAGUAAACCGCGCAAAAUGGGAAGCGUGGAACCGGUUGGGCGAAAUGCCCGAGGAAGUGGCCAUGCAGAAGUAUGUGGAUGAGCUGAAAAAGAUUGUAGAAACCAUGUCCUACACCGACACUGUGGCCAACUUCAUGGAAUACAACAUGAGCGAUCUGGACAACGUGAACAUCAACGAUCUGGAAAUGGUGGCUCCGGAAGCUAUAAAGAAAGCCCGUUCCAGACCCAACUCACCAUUGGCCUCCCGUGAAGCCAGUCCGGUCGGACGGCUCUCGCCAGCCACACCAUCGCCACCACCAAUGAUGCCGGUAUCAUCCCAGCCUCCCGCAGCGGCGUUAGUGAAUGGUCACGUCCACAAACCAACCGCCAUCAAUGGGUACGCUCCUCAACACAAUCAGCAUCAGCACCAUAAUCAUCAGGAUCACAACCAUCAUCAUCAAUGGAAUGGGGACGGUGUGAAUUCGUCACUACCGGUGACUAAUGGUACCACUAGUUCGGGCCCAUCAGAGCUCAGCGACGACGAGUAUAUUGACACGCUAGACGAUGAGUUCGAGAGCGCCACGGUAUCGACUGUGUUCCGUCCGAUUGAGGCCGUCAACCAUGGCCACUCCUACCAUAGCCGACUGCCCCAUGAUCUACCGUUUAGAGCGAGUGAAAAUUCGGUGCACCUUCCGGCCAAUGGAGGCCUGCAAAAUGGUGAUGUUUCGCUGCAGAUUGCUCGAACCGUCGAACAGCUCAACGAAAAUGUGCAGCGUGUACUGGGCCGGGUCAGUACGAUCGAACAAUCGCUGGAUGCUUUGCGGGAGCAGCAGCAACAGCAGUUAGUAAAACUAACCACCGUCUCUCUACGUUCCCGACCCGUUGGCCCUGCCUGGUGGCCGUUUAGCGAUGUGUCACCAGCUACGUUGGCAUUUAUAAUACUUUGGCCUUUGGUCAUUCACCGCGUUGCCCGUUGGGCGCAGAGAAAGAAGCUAUAAGAAAAAUAGUGACAGCGUGUGGCCGUGCGAGGUUGUGAAACGUUAACAGUUUUGGCAUACGUCUAGGUUUUUGUUUCUUUUUUGUUACGGUUCCGGGUCUUAGGUUCCUUCGUACCCUUAUUGGUUUAACUUAUACUCAUGUUGCGAAACGAUGGUGGCGGGACGGUACGCGGGUUCCGAUGAGGGGCGAAAAUGCAAAUUCAUAAACUUGUCAGCUCUCACCGUGUGGCUUCAUAAGGCAAUCAAUUUAUGUUAGCCCCCAAAAAUAUAAGCCGGACGAACAAAGCGCUUGCCGCGUGUCAACCGCGUGUUGCUUAGCAAAAAGCGUCAAGUCUGAUAUCUGCAACAUUCGAGAUGACCUAUUUUAUGUAUGGUUUUCGUUUUCCGUGUGUUAUUAAUUUGCCUUUCGUUAUGGCAAAGCAAAGUGCAAUUUCUGUUGUUAUGUUUUACGAUGUUGAUAGGGGAAAUUAUAAUCUAUAUAACUUACACAUUCUGACAUGAGCCUUGAGCACUAGACAAUGGUUGGUUGGUGUGGAAUUUAAAGUUAAUUAUUUGUUUAGUGCAAACAUAUGGUUAAAUCAUACAGUCACAUUAUAAUGUGUUGAAAAUAGGUAAAGCACAUCUGUAUAUCUAUUGCAAUCAGUUCAGUUUUGGUGCAACUUUUUGGCCACACUGUGACCGGGGGUGCUUUGAUUAGGGUUAAUACUCCGUAAUUAUCGAAAUUGACGAAGGGGAAGCGUGUUUUCUAAUUUACCAAUAACCAACACAGACGUGUGUGUAGGUUUUGAUGGGGAAAAUAAUAUAUAUUAUUGCGCAUACGUAUAAUAGAAAGCAGAGCGGUUCCAUUGGCGGUUUAUACAAGCUUAUUGCAACGUGACAUUAGGUACUGAGUAGUACAAGCGGAACCUCAAUUUCCAUAUUUGUUCUUAGGGUUCAAAGCAAUUAAAUUAAUAAAA